AUGAGUGUCAAGACAAACGACGUGAAGAAAUUAGGAUUUACAAGCGAGGAAAUAAACGAAAUAUUAGAAGAGGCAGGUUAUGAAGUUAGCAGGUAUUAUUUAAGAAAUUGUCAAAAAUUCGCAGAGUUAUUAAAUGAUUUAGAUUAUGAGGGUGAAAUGAAUAAAGAAAAUGUUAUUAAUUUCUUAUAUCCUACAUCUGACGAGAAUGAGGAAAAUGAAAAAGUGAAAGAAAGUGAAGAAAUUGAUGAUAAUGUGUAUGAAGAAAGAAGGGGAGAAGAUGAAUAUUAUGAACAAGAUGAAAAGAAAGCGGAGGAAGUAAGAAAUGAAAUAGAUGAGGAGAUUAAGAAUGAAAAAGAAGUGGAGGAAUACAUGAAAGAAAUUAAUGAAGGAAAUUUAGAGAUGAAUGAAGAGUAUGAGCGAGAAUUAAACGCAGAAGCUUUGAGAAUUUAUGAAGAUGUGAAGAGUUACAAUGAAGAUGUUAAAGAAAGAAUUGAGGGAACAUUUAACAGAUUAAAUGAAAACCCAUUUAGUGAAAAGUUAGAUUUGAGAAUUUAUGGAAAAGAUGAAUUGAGAGUAGUGGGUCAGAAAUUAAAAGAAAUUUAUGAAAAGCACAUAAUGACUCAACCGAUUGAAAGAAAAAUUUUAGUUCAUUAUAUUGUAAAUGGUCAGGAGAGAAGCCAGCCAAUUGAUAAAGAAAGCUUCUGUCAAAGAUUCGAACAAAUGCUCGACUGUCAGUUCAUUUAUAAAAUAGAAGAUUUAAGCGGUAACAUUUCAGAUGAUGGCACUAAAUUAUAUUUAGAAUUUUUCGACGUCAUAUAUUGGGGUUGUGCCAUGUGA